GACCCGUUGCGCAUGCGCUGAAGACUGUGUGUACGGAAGUGCCGUGUGCGCGUGUGGCUGGAGGUGGAGAUGAUCAAACACGUUUUCUUAACUGGACCUCCAGGUGUGGGGAAGACCACUCUGGUCCAGAAGGCCUGCGAUGCCCUGGCGUCCUCAGGCGUGGGGGUGGAGGGCUUUUACACCGAGGAGGUCCGGGACCGAGGCCGGAGGGUGGGCUUCGAUGUCGUCACGGUGACGGGGGACAGAGGUCGCCUGUCCAGAGUCAGGGACGCUGCUGGUCCACCUCAGGCCCGACGGGAGUUCACCGUGGGCCAGUAUGUGGUGGAUUUACCCUCGUUUGAGAGCCUGGCCCUCCCCCUGUUCACAAAGGCGGCGUCCGAUGGCGGCGACAGGAAAGUAUUUGUCAUCGACGAGAUCGGGAAGAUGGAGCUGUUCAGCAAGGCGUUUGUCCAGGCGGUGAGGCGGACCCUGGACUCGUCCUGCUCUGUCCUGGGCACCAUCCCUGUUCCCAAGGGGAGGCCUCUGGGUCUGGUGGAGGAGGUCCGGACCCGCAGGGAUGUCAAGGUUUUCACGGUGACUAAAGACAACAGAGAUGCUCUUCUCCCAGACAUUUUAAGAACACUAGAGGAAUGUGUAAAACAUGAGGCCUGAGGUGCAGAUGCAGCAGCUGAUGUGAACCCUGUGUUCCCUGUUCGCUUCGUGGAUUUGCUGUUGGUCUUCAGGGUUGAACGUUGUACUCUCGUCUUCCCCGGUUGCUGAUGAGUUAGUGUGUCACAUGCAUACAUGCAUGCAUCCAUUCAGUUUUUUCUUACUCAUCCUGCCUCAAAAUGGAUUGCACAUUAAAUAAUUGAUUGUGAGCUGGAACGCAGUGAGGGGAUUGUUGAGUUAUUGUGUAACUGGCCUUUCCUCCAACGACGCCUUCUCCUCUUCCAUUUUCUGAUGUUCUUCCUCCUCUAGAUGUUCUUAUUUAUUUAGGUAUCGACAAAAUGGCUCAGUUUGUUUCAUCCUUUUCUUUGCUGUGUGACCCUCUUUGUGUUACUUUAGUCGACCUUACGAUGUGCUUAUUGAAAGUCGAUCAAUAUUUAACAGUGGAACUAUGUGUAAUCCGUUCAUGGUUUAUUCAUUUACCAGCAGGAAAAAAAAAAGACAGAAAUAAACAGUGUUUUUCAGCUGCUUUAUUUCCUCUGGUUUUGAUUUUAAAGAUGGAAACUGAUUUUCUGUUCUUCAGUUCUGAUGUUUUCAUACAGAGUUGUGAUUAAUACGCAGCAGAACAAAUAAAUAUGUUCCAUAGUG